AUGAAUCGUAAUUAUGGGAAAGUGUAAAAAGAAAUUGAUUUUGCAGUUUUAAUACCAUAACCAGAACUAGAAGAUUAACCAUAAACAUCAUUAAAAUUAGAAGUAACUAAUAUUUUAUUAAAUAAUAUAUAGGUUGGUAUUGAAGAAUGUUUACAUAUUGAUUUUGAAUAUUUUAAAAGUAGAUAUCAUUUAAGAGAUGUAGUAACUGGAAAAGUUAAUUUCUAUUUAGUGAAAAUUAAAAUUAAACAUAUGGAAUUAGCAGUAAUAAGAAAAGAAUAAUAUGGAUAAGGACCAUAAUAAUAAACUGAUAAUGAAACACUUGUUAAAUAUGAAUUAAUGGAUGGUUGUCCUUAAAAAGGAGAAGUUAUACCUAUACGGUUAUAUUUAAGUGGUGUUGAUAUAACACCAUCUAUCAAAAAUGUUAAUGGUAAAUUCAGUGUCAAAUAUAUUCUUAAUCUUAUUUUGGUUGAUGAAGAUGAUCGAAGAUAUUUUAAAUAAUAAGAAAUUACAAUCUAUAGAAAGAAAUGA